UGUUGCACCUCUGUUUUGAAGCACUUUUGCGCAGCCUUAACAGUAAUUUGUUUCUACCCAGCUAGUGUGGUGUUGCAUCUCAUCACUAAACUUCCGGUUUUCUUAUCGUUGUCGACUAUCAGCAGGUUGCCAGUUUCGGUGCAAUGUCCAUCUGGUAUCUCCACCUUGUUAUUGCACAAACGAGGACUCGUCAGACAGACAGUGCAGCACCCGACUCGAUGAGGCGUGUGGACCACUUCAGAAGUUUAUUAACUAACUAGCUAGCUGAUCAUCAAAAUAAAACAGCGCCACCUUAAAAAACAUGAGUCCAGAAGGAAAGACACUGUUGAACAUCGUAAUCCUGGGCUUUGGAUUUAUGUUCGUGUUCACUGCUUUUUCAACAUGUGGAAAUAUAGAGCAAACUGUGAUCAAGAGUUUCAACAGCACUGGCUUCAGUGGGAGUGGAUACACAAGCAUGUCUAUCAUCUAUGGAGUUUUCUCUGCAUCCAACCUUAUUGCUCCCUCGGUAGUGGCUGUUAUAGGACCACAACUUUCCAUGUUCUUUAGUGGACUAGCAUACAGUGGAUACAUUGCCACGUUCAUCCAACCCUUCACUUGGAGUUUUUACACAGCCUCUGUAGUUGUUGGAAUAGCGGCUGCAAUAUUGUGGACUGCUCAGGGUAACCUACUCACCAUCAACUCUACAGAUGUCACCAUUGGCAGGAACUAUGGUAUUUUCUGGUCCUUGCUACAGUUCAGCUUUUUAUUUGGGAACAUGUAUAUUUAUUUUGCCUGGCAUGGCCAUGUUCACAUAUUAGACAAGGAUCGCCAGACUGUAUUUAUCGCUCUCACGGUCAUAAGCCUGAUAGGCAGCUUCCUGUUCUUCCUGAUCCAGAAGCCAGAGCCUAAGUCCAUAUCCUCUGACGAAUCUGAGUCACUGCUGCAGGCUGAGUCCUCAGAAAGUGCCUCUGUUGUUGUAGUGCCUCAAGGUCUCGGUUCCCAGGCUCUGGAUGCUUUCAGGAAGGCAUUGCAGCUGUCUGUCACUAAAGAGAUGCUGCUGUUAAGCAUCUUCAUAGCAUACACAGGCCUGGAGCUGACCUUUUACAGUGGGGUAUAUGGGACGUGUAUUGGGGCCAUGACUCAAUUUGGGGACAAUGCCAAAAGUCUGAUUGGACUCUCAGGCAUUUUCAUUGGCAUUGGGGAGAUCCUGGGAGGGGGCAUGUUUGGGAUGUUGAACAAGUGCAACCGGUUUGGGAGGAGCCCUGUGGUGCUGUUGGGGCUGAUCACUCACUUUGUGGCCUUCUACUUGAUCUUCCUGAACAUCGCCAGUGGCGCCCCUCUGGCCCCAGCAGAGGGUACAAACCUGCAGGCCUUCAUCACCCCCAGUGUUGAGUUGGCUCUGCUGUGCAGCUUCCUGCUUGGCCUUGGAGACAGCUGCAUCAACACCCAGCUGUUGAGCAUUGUGGGAUACAUGUUCCAGGAGGACAGCGCUCCCGCCUUCGCUGUCUUCUACCUUGUCCAGUCCAUCAUGGCAGCCCUGGCCUUCUUCUACAGUAACUACCUACUACUGCACUGGCAGCUGCUCAUCAUGGUGCUAGUGGGCUUCCUGGGCACACUAUCCUUCUUCAUAGCUGAGUGGAUGGUGGUCUCCAGAAGAUGUGAUACUGACAACAAUAGCAUAUGACAACCUAGGCCUAGGGGACAAGGGGCUGUGGUGAGAGGAACUUCCUAUCAUCCCUUUAGGACCCUUCAACUGACACUGUCACUGGCCAACCUCAGGCCCACUAAGCACAGACUGUAGGUAAUGCUGUUUUUGAAAUCAUCCCAACUCUAUAGAUUUUUGCUUUUCAAGUGCAAGAGACACUUUCUGUUGAAUGCUGUAUGUUUGCUCUAAUUGGAGCAAAUCAGUCCUUUUUUUAGAGGGUAUGAUAGUGAAAUCCAUACAAAAUUAUUGAACAAUGCUGUGAAUAUGCAUUACUUUGUUGAUGUUUAUAGAAAGCUAAUUCUGAUUAUUUUAACCGCUCUUUCAGAUUGUUAUUGCAACCCAGCUAAAUUCUGGAAAACUGUCAAAUAUGUUAAGGGUUCUACUUCUUCCUCUCUGCCACCUCAAAUUAAUUCAGACACUCAUUUCUGGGAAAUAUGGCAUCAUUGAUCCAUUUUAUUUGAUUUAACUAGGCAAGUCAGUUAAGAACAAAUUCUUAUUUUCAAUGACAGCCUAGGAACCGUGGGUUAACUGCCUUGUUCAGGGGCAGAACAACAGAUUUUUACCUUGUCAACUCAGGGAUUCAAUCUUGCAACCUUUCGGUUACUAGCCCAAUGCUCUAACCCCAAGGCUACUUGCCGCCCCAAUUUAAUCACCAUUUUAUUUCAGCGGGCUCUCUCUUUGAAAUAACUUAUAAGCCAAUUCACAAUGAUAUUGGAUUGGAUGCUGAUAGGGGAAAAAUGCUUAAUGAUCAGAGAAAUUAUAGUCAAAGCUUUUAUUUUAGGCUAUUUACAGAAAAAUAAGUCCAGGAUGCUUUGCUAGCCAUAGAAAACAAGACAUCCACAGGGGCCAACCAAUUGGAUCCCAGUUUGCUUAAGUGUGCAGCGCCCAUCAUUGUAGGCUUGAUAACCCAAAUUGUUUUCAGGAAAUAUUCCAAAAGUAUGGAAAUCAGCUCUUGUGCUGCAACUCCAUAUGGGCGGGGAUAGUAGUGAUCUUAAUGAAUAUUGCCCCAUUUCCAGGCUUCCUUGUCUAAUUAAAGUUCUUGAAUCCUUAGUGAAUGUACAACUUAGCUUUUUUUUCUGAGAAAUGUAUUUUGAAUGUAAACCAAUCAGGGUCUAGACCUGGGCAAAGCACUAUUACAGGAACAACUUUAGUUGUUAAUGAUCUUGUCAACGCUUUAGACACUAAAUGAAAUGUGCUGCUUUGCUUGUGGACCUGUCAAAAGCUUUUGAUACUGUUAAUCAUGCUAUUUUAUUGAAUAAGUUGUCCUCAAUAGGCCUGAGG